GACCGCCGAACGCUCCGACGAUCGCUUUUAUCAACUUAAUUCAAUCCCGCCUCUUCUACUUCACCCCCCUAUUCAUCAGGUAUCUCCUAGCUUGGGCAAAAAGGAGUGGAAAAAGUAAAAAAGUCCAGCAGCAGCCAUGGCCCCCCUCAACGAAGCCCACAAAACCCGCAUCAUCUCCCACAUGAACGCUGACCACUACCGGGAGUUGGAACACUACCUGCGAGCCUUCAACGGAUUAUCCGCUUCCGCUUCUCGCGGGGCGCAAUUAACGGACAUGACAACGGACGCCAUGACGAUCCGCACCGCAUCCGGCACCACCCACUCCGUCGCCAUCAAGCCGCCCCUAGUCUCUGCCGCCGACGCGCGCGUGCGCCUUGUCGACAUGGCUAUGGAAGCAUUGCAGAAGCUCGGCCUCAGCGACAUCCGGAUCACCAGCAUUACGCGGCCGCAGGGUAUAGGCGCCGCGACAUUCCUAGGUGUCGCUCUGUACAUAGUAUGCGCGGCCACGUUACCUCUAGUACAGCCAGGUACUACAGCCUGGACGCUUCUGGACGCGUACUUUCCCUUCGGAGGCGUAGCGCGAUACUUCUGGGUAGUGCGCGCGAUCCUCGUGCCGACUGUGGUGCUGCACUUGUUCGAAGCGUGGUGGAUGACGUGGUCGCGGCUAGAAAAGCACGGCGUCGAGAUGUUUAGUACGUUGUGGCUCUUGUGGGUUGGGGACGUUCUGAUGGAGGGGUAUCCGGCCAUGGUUCGUUUUGACGGGCUGGUGGAGGCGGAGCGAAAGAAGAAGGAGAGCGGGAAGCAUUGAGAACUGCUAGGAGUGCUUCAUUGUGGACGCAAUGGCUAUAUAGAGGAAGGGACAGAAUCUUCUAGAGUACGGUGUAGAGGAUUAGAGAGAUAGAUAUUGUUAUAUAAGGUACUAAUUAUUACUAGCUAAGUGGGCGGCAAUGUGAUUAUAAUAAUCCUAACUGAUAAAA